CCUUGACGUUUCGUUCCAUCUACAGCACGAUUUUGGACGCAGUGAGUAAAACAAAAAAGAUCAUUACUGCGUCUUAUCCGUAAUACAUUCGGAAGACGAUCAAGUUUUUUUUUUUUCGAUUUUCUAUUUAUUGUUCGCGGCAUAGUUAACAGAUUUUAAGAUAGUAUAUUUUCGUUUGUGUUUCUGCUGUGUGUUGGUAGGUAGGAUCAGGUUUUCUGUCUAUCUGUUUUGAUUAUAGUUGCGUUUCGGUUAGAAUCAUUUUUUUGUAACAUUUGGGUUGGAUGAUUCAUAAUUUUGAUAAUUUCCUGAUAAGAAUUGGGCGUUCCUUUUUUCUGUUGUUAAAAUAUCGAAUUAUUUUUGAAAUUUUUUAACCAACCGAGAGACCGCUGAGAAUACAAUGGUUCUAACCAGUGCAGUAAAUCUGGUCAACACCGCCAAGAGGGAUUUUUUUUAUCCAGGCGAAACGUUAAACGGAAACAUCAAUGUCACAUCCGACAAAGACAGAAAAGUGAAAGGUGUGAAACUACGAAUAUCCGGGAAGGGAAAUGUAAGAUUCACGGAGAGGGAGAAAAAACACCACAAUUCGCUUGGUUCGCAUAAUCAUCAUUCCAACCAUCACCAUUCCAAUCACCAUCAUCACCAUUCUUCCACAUCCGAAUACCAUACUGUGACAUACAAGAAUGAUGAAACGUAUCUGGAUCACACUUUGAAUGUUCUCGGCUACGAUGGAGCCGAAUGGUCGAUUAAAAGUGGCAAUUACAACUACCCUUUCCAAUUUGUGUUGCCAUACGGAUUACCCUCAUCGUUCGCUGGUGAAUUCGGAUCGAUUGAGUACUCGUUGGAUAUAGAAAUCGGUCAAUCAUGGGCCUUUGAUCACAGUUCGCACACAACUUUUCAAGUUGUCAAUGUGGUCGAUUUAAACGUCGAGCCUACGGCACAAGUACCAGUCGUUGUGAAGGCGUGCAAAACGUUUGGAAUAAUCUUUCAAAGUGGACCUUUGGAUGUUACGCUACGCAUUCCAAGAUCUGGUGCGAUUCCCGGUGAAUCUAUACCAUUCAUUGUGGAAGUGUUCAAUAAAAGUGACAAAACUGUCCAGGAAUCACUGUCCAUUUAUAAGGAGGUGGAAUUUUUUGCCCAAGGAAAAUCUAAAACCCAAAGCGAAAGUGUGGCUGAAAUUUUGGGCGAAACGUUACAGCCGGGCGCAGACCACGUUUGGCAAAACAACACGUUCAUGGUGCCACAAACUCAACCAUCAACUUUGGGACGAUGUCGUAUUAUAAGCAUCAGCUAUAAAUUGGUGUUGGAAAUGAAAGUGUCUGGCAUUGGAUUCAACCUGGACGCAUCGUCUCCAUUUGUCAUAGGCAAUAUACCGUUCCGUAAUGUUCCCUAUCAGCCGAUUGUACCUGGUCAACCCGUUGCACCUUACCAGCCGAUGGGACUUGGUCAGUCGAUUGCACCUGGUCAACCCGUUGCACCUUACCAGCCGAUGGGACUUGGUCAGUCGAUUGCACCUGGUCAACCCGUUGCACCUUACCAGCCGAUGGGACUUGGUCAGCCGAAUGUACUGUAUCCGACAAUUGUACCGUAUCAGCCGAAUUUACCGUACCCGCCGAAUGUAUCCUAUCAGCCAAUUGCACCGGGCCUUCCAACUGCGCCCUAUCAGCCGACUGCACCAUAUCAUCCAACUGCACCGGUCCAGCCUCAAGCUAACUUUGAUCCUCCUCCGCCAUACACCGAAAAGACGACACCGAUACAUAUUCAGACUCGGAAUGCGGCACCUCCAUAUGCAGAAAAUACGGCUCCGCCAAACGAAACUAAAGUGGAUAAGGACGGAUUUGAGUUGGUUUGAUAUCGGUGCGCUCUGUGUUCACAGUUUAGUCUACACAUUCAGAGAAAUUGAAUUUUAUUCAUUUACAUUAUAUGUCUGUCUAACAGACAAAUAUAUCAUGAAGUGCUUAAUAAGCUUUGAUAAAUAAUUACGUGAAC